AUGCCUGAGCCCACAGGGGCGGAACUAGAUGUAGCAACCGACGGAGACAUGGCUAGCAGGGUCGGGCACACCGAUGGCUUUCGGUGGAGAAGAGCUAGGUCAAGUCCUCUACCGACGAAUCAUGCAGGGGGCAGCGCCCGCAAAACAUAG